GGACGUCGAAUUUAUAUACCCGGACAGGUUUGAUUUGUCAGAUUGAUAAUCAAGCAACUAUUUCACCCCAAAUGAGCCUUUCUUUAUAUUUAGUAUAAGAAGCUUUUGCUUGCUUGCUCUUGAUUGAGAUCUAGUAAUGGAAGGACUAGAAGGUAACACAAACAACAAUGAAGCUGGUUUGAGCAUUGAACAAGCUCGAACAAAGUGUGAUCAAGAUCAUGAAUAUACACUCCCCUCAGCUCACGCUAUUGGUCAUGAUUCAUGGCAGCAGGUUGGGUUGAUGAUGGUGACUGGCUUCAAUUGCGGGUACAUAUUGAGCUUUUCAAAUCUGAUGCUUGUGCCUUUGGGUUGGACAUGGGGUAUCAUCUGCCUUGUUGUUGUUGGCUUUUAUACUGCCUAUGCUAACUGGCUUUUGGCUGCUUUUCACUUCAUCAAUGGCCAAAGAUUCAUCAGAUACAGAGAUAUUAUGGGCUAUUUAUAUGGCAGAGAAAUGUAUUACAUAACAUGGGUUUUACAGUUCUCGACCCUACUUCUUGGAAAUAUGGGUUUCAUUCUUCUAGGGGGUAGAGCACUCAAGGAGAUUAACUCAGAACUCAGUGAUUCUCCACUGAGGCUCCAAUACUUUAUUGUCAUCACCGGAGUGACCUACUUCAUAUUCGCCUUUUUCAUUCCAACAAUGUCUAAAAUGAGAUUUUGGCUUGGACCCUCUACCAUUAUCACUUUUGCUUACAUUGUCAUACUCUUGGUGGUACUAGUUAAAGAUGGGAAAACAAAGACGACAGAGCGAAAUUAUGAAAUCCAUGGAAACAAAGCUGAGAGAGUGUUCAAUGCCUUCAAUGCAGUUUCAGCUAUUAUUGUCUGCAACACCUCAGGCUUGCUACUAGAAAUACAGUCAACCCUACAGAAGCCAGCAGUCACAAAUAUGAGGAAAGCUUUAUAUCUGCAGUAUAGUGCAGGGCUCUUAUUUUACUAUGGAGUCAGCAUAGUAGGAUACUGGGCAUAUGGCGCAACCGUAUCUGAAUACCUUCCUGAAGAGCUAAGUGGUCCUAAAUCGGUUAAGGUCCUCAUAAACGCUGCCGUGUUUCUACAAUCCAUAGUCUCACAACAUAUGUUUGUUGCACCAAUUCAUGAGGCCCUUGAUACCAAGUUCCUUAAACUUGAUGAGAGCAUGCACUGGAAAUAUAACUUCAAGCGGAGGUUCUACCUCCGAGCCCUUCUCUUCAUGGGAAAUACAUUUGUGACAGCAGCUAUUCCUUUCAUGGGGGACUUUGUGAACUUAUUUGGAUCGUUUACACUCGUUCCUCUAACUUUUGUUUUUCCAAGCAUGAUUUUCAUUAAGGUAAAGGGAAAGACAGCUAGACUGGAGAAAAAUUUGUGGCAUUGGUUCAACAUUGUUAUUUUUUCUCUGCUUGCAAUUAUAACUACGAUUUCUGCAGUUCGUUCGAUUGUCAACAACGUUAAGGAAUACAAUUUCUUUGCAGAUACAUGAAGACAUGUAAUUAAUUAUAAAUAUUAUUUUCAAAGUAUAAUGUACAAAACCAAAGAAAUUGAUUACUUAAUUGGUCCAGAAGUUAAGCUCUGACCAUUAGCCCUCUAUGUAUCCUAGAGCUUAGUUUUAUUUCA